GAGAAGUCUGGAAAGCGGAAAUCGCCGCCUCAAGGCUCAAUCUUUUCUCACCUAUAAAUAACUCUAUGUCUCUAUCCUCUCAGGUCUCAGUGAAGAACAGUAUAAUUGACACCACUAGAGAUAAACCUUUCAAAGUAUCAAACAUGUCGGUCAUUCCAAGCUUCUUUGGCGGCAGGAGGAGCAGCGUAUAUGACCCUUUCUCCCUCGACAUCUGGGACCCUUUUCAGGGAAUCUCCAGCGCCGUUGGAAACACCCCUGAAUCUACACACGAAACAGCAGCAAUCGCCGGGACAAGAAUUGAUUGGAAGGAAACGGCGGAGGCGCAUGUUUUUAAGGCGGACUUGCCUGGGAUGAAAAAGGAGGAGGUGAAGGUGGAGGUUGAGGAUGGAAGGGUGUUGCAGAUAAGCGGAGAGAGGAGCAGAGAACAUGAGGAGAAGAAUGACAAGUGGCAUAGGGUGGAGAGGAGCUCCGGGAAGUUUUUCAGGAGGUUCAGGUUGCCAGAGAAUGCAAAGAUGGAUCAAGUAAAGGCUAUAAUGGAAAACGGCUUGCUGACAGUGACUGUGCCCAAGGAGGAAGAGAAGAAGCCAGAAGUGAAGGCUAUUGAUAUCUCCGGAUAGGUUUUUGUAUAGAAUGUAAUAAUCUAGUCGUGUAGUGUGGUGUGGGUUUUGUGAGAUUAUUUGUAUGGUUAUUAAGUUCUUUUAACUUUUUAUGUUAAGUCGUCAAUAAAAGCUUUGUAUUAUAUACUAUUGUAAAAGUAUAUAUUCACAAUUGAGGGUGACAUGAGAAACCUUAUAAAUCCUUUUAAUUUUUCA